AGCAUAGGACGGUAAAUCCUCGGACCGUUAGCAAAAAUCAGCUACUGCUCCAAAAAUAGGCAGGCCGUUUACACCUCAUGCUUCGCGAAGCACCGUUCCUUCUUCAUUCUCUUCAUCGGCCCACCAUCACAAACACUCAUAAAAAGAAGGAUGAACAACGCGAUUGAGGCCUCAAACUACAGUCCCCAAACUGCCUUCAUGGCUUAUCCUCACCCCGACGCCUUCAUCGUAUGCACUUACUUUGUAGCCUGGGCUAUCUAUGCCAGGAACCACAACGUCUUUGAUCUGCCUGUCCAGAACCUGACCCAUGUCCUCUAUGCCUUUGCGAACCUCGAUGCCGAAGGCCGCGUUUUCCUCGGUGACCCUUGGGCCGAUACUGACAAGCACUAUGAGGACGAUUCAUGGAACGACACCGGCAACAACCUGUAUGGCAACUUUAAGCGACUCGGACUCUUGAAAAAAGCCAACCGUCAUUUGAAAGUGUCGCUCAGCAUCGGUGGAUGGACCUGGUCAACCAAUUUCGCAGGCGUCGCAGCUUGUCCCGAGAAGCGGGCUAAUUUUGUACGGACCUCAAUCGAAUUGAUGAACAACCUUGGACUUGAUGGCCUGGACAUUGACUGGGAAUAUCCAAAGACAUCCGAUGAUGCCGACAACUACGUCUCUUUGCUUCGCGAGCUCCGUCAGGCCAUGGACCAGUACGCUACCGAAAAGGGCGAUCAGAUCCCAUACCUCCUCACCGGUGCUAUGCCCUGUGGAGAGACCCAAUACUCGCUUCUGCGCCUUAACGAGAUGAACCAGUACAUGGAUGCCUUUUACCUGAUGGCAUACGAUCUUGCUGGAUCCUGGUCGGACGCUGCAGGACAUCAGAGCAACUUGCACGGAGGUGAGAUCAAUGUCGACAAAGCUAUUCAGCACUACUUGGCUCAGGGAAUCCCCUCGCGUAAGAUCGUCAUGGGCAUGCCCAUGUAUGGACGCGCAUUCCAAAACACCGACGGCAUUGGUCACCCGUUUGAGGGCAUCGGACCGGGCACAUGGGAGCAGGGCGUGUAUGACUAUAAGCACCUGCCCCUUGAUGGUGCUGUUGAGUACUAUGAUGGCGAGUCCGUCUCAAGUUAUUCAUAUGAUCCUGUGAAGCGCGAGUUGGUCACCUAUGAUUCACCUUUAGUGAUUGACCGCAAGGCUGAAUAUAUCGCCAGGCACAAGCUGGGAGGCGCCAUGUUCUGGGAGUCGAGCUCGGACCACAACACAGAGCAUGACCGAUCGUUGGUCGGCAGCGUCAAUAGAGCACUUCGACAACAUGCGCCUUUGGACAGCUCGCCGAACCAUCUGGACUAUCCAAGCAGUAUCUACGAUAACGUUCGCGCCGGAUUCCCGUAGACAGAAGCUUUCUUGAAUAAACACUGCAAUGCUUCCGCUUCAAAACAUCGCCUAUUACAGGAACAAUAUAGCUUUAAUAGAAACGAGAGCAUAUCCGGAUUACUACGUUGUCUGGGGCCUGAAAUAUUGUC